AUGGGUGGUGGGCUGCGACCUCUGUAUGAGCUGGUGAAGGAGGUCCAGUGCGCAGGUUUGAAGAAGCUUCACCUGAAACGAGCCACAGAGGAAUACCUGACAGAGGAGCAUCCCUGCCACUGCCGGCCCUGCCAGAACAACGGUGAGCCGCUCUUGACCCGCACCAGUUGUCACUGCACCUGCCGGCCCGGGACCUCGGGACCAGCCUGCGAGACGGGCGCUGUGAUUGGAGAACAACCAGGGGUGAUCCAUGGCAGCUGGAGCUGCUGGUCCUCCUGGAGACCUUGCUCUGGAGGCCAAAGGUCCAGGACUCGAACCUGCAAUAACCCUGCCCCCAGAGGAGGUGGUCGUCACUGUGUUGGCCAUCAGACAGAGCAGAAGCCCUGUGAAGAUCCUGACAUCCAAUACUUACAGAUGAUGGAGCCUCAGUGCUUUGGUAUUUCUGUAACGCCACCAAAACUCUGUGGACUCCCUCCAAACCUGAGGAAUGGAUUCGUUGAGACUCCUAAAGAAUUUUAUGUUGUUGGAAGCACAGUGCAGUACUCCUGCAUCGAGGGAUUUUACCUGGUUGGAAAUGCCAUAGCAACAUGUGCUGAAAACCAGAAGUGGAACAGGGGACAGAUGUUCUGUAAAAGUUCCACAUGCGGAAGUCCUCCAAUCAACAGUUUAGUUAUUGCCACGCCCACCAGGGAGACCUAUCACAUUGGAGACAGUGUGUCCUUGUCCUGUCCGGCAGGAUCGGUGCUAAACAUGGAUGUGUCAGAGAUCCUGUGCAGCCCCAGUCUGCAGUGGUCUCCUUCUCCCGAUGACAUUUACUGUGAACCGGUGCCAGCGCCGCCUCCUCCUCCCAUCCUUGACCUGAAGUGUAAUCUGUGGGAGACUCCAGGAAAAAAUGGUUGUGUGUGUAAAAGGCCGAAUCAGUGCUCGCCUUCUCUGCAGCUGUGCUCCAGGAUCGGCUCAAGUCACCGUUUAUUAGAGGUUUGUCGGCUGGGAGUUUUACAGUGUUUAGGCGGAAAAUUCACGCUGGCCAACGACACGGAUUGUGAUUGGCCAGAGGAGAGGUUCAAUUCCUGCGAGGACUGCAAACCAGGAACAAUCUGCCAAGAAUCAGUCAGAAAAUGCACCUGCCAGAGUCCAUCGGCGUGCCCGGGAGACUCCGCCCCCCUGUGCGUCAGAUCCAGCGUUGAUGGCGCCACAGUGACCAUGACCCAAUGUGAGGUGGGGGCUCGUCGGUGCACUGGAGAGAGCAUCCAUGUCAUCAGCAUAGAAGCUUGUCAGUAAAAAAUAA